AUGAAAGUUGUGAGCAAGUUCACAGCUGAUAAGCUAAAUUGCAUCCCAGAGAAUAUAGGAAAGUACAAAGCCAUGGACGUAGGACAGCUUCAGUUCUUAGAUAGCUUUCAGCACAUGGGAAUGGGACUAGAUAAAUUAGUUGAAUGCCUAGGAUAUACAUUAGAAGUUGAUCUAGAAGUCCCAGUGCAUUUGCAUGAUUUCUUUGCGGAUUAUCCUUUAGCACCAGAAAAGCAGUUAGUUCCAGAAGAAUGGCUUAGCUUGUAUAAUGAAAGAUUAGUGCAUGAUAAAGAAGUUGGGGACGGAAAAUAUACAACAGGAGAAAAGCUCGUCCAAACCCUUUAUCCCAAAAAGAACUACGUAGUCCAUUAUCGUGUACUCCAGUUAUACAUGAAUUUGGGGAUGAAAGUUACAAAGAUUCAUAGCGCUCUCAAGUUUAAGCAGUCUCCUUGGAUGAAAGAAUAUAUCGAGGAAAAUAUUCGUAAACGCAAAAUAGCUAAGGCUAAUGGGGAUGAGUUUGGGGUUAUAUAUUAUAAGCUAAAGAAUAAUGCCGUCUUUGGUAAACAGAUGGAGAAUGUUCGAAAACACAUGAGAGUUGAGCUACUCCGAACAGAUGAGGAUAAAAAAAUCAGGCGCCUAGCAAGUUCUCCAUUAUUUGUAGGUUUCAAACAAUUCGAUGGAGGAAUUACAGCUGAUGAGACAAAGGGAAACCCAAUAGGUGAAUCAGUAUGUUUAAAGCCAAAAAUGUAUUCAAUUCUUCUAGCAAGACAUGAUCCUAAAACCCCUGAAACGGAUGCAGAUUAUGAAAAAGAGUUAGAAGAGGAACAAUAUAGAAAAUCUCAGGGUGAAAAGAAAUGGGAGAAAAAGCAUGGUAUCCAAAAGGCAAAGGGUGUUAAGAAAUGUGUGGUUAAGCGAGAACUUCGACAUGAUAAAUUCCUAGAAUGGCUGAAUCCAUAUGAUAACAAGCGCUGGAUCUUACUUGAUGGAAUUCGAACUCUCCCAUAUGGACAUUGGCGAAUUAGACUAUAUAAACGCCUGAUAGCAUCUGAAAUAUCUUCUGAGGAAGCAGAAGAAAGGGCCAUGAAAGCUAAACUUCGUGUCAAGACAUAG